UCACUUUCAGCUUGUUUUGUUGAACGUGCACCUUUUUCUUUUCUAUUUUCUUGUUCUUUAACUUCUUUUACUUUUUUUUGUUAUCAUCAUUAAUAGUAUUAUGAGGCUACUUCGAACACUAGUCACGCUAAUAUUCAUUGCCAGUGCAACUUGUAAUAUCAAUAACACAGCUCUCAAAAGAGAAAAAAUCGUCGGUGGUCAGUAUCGUGCCAUUUAUCAGGCUCCGUAUACGGCUCAACUUCUGCAUGCGGGAGCUGUAAUUUGCGGUGCAGCAAUCAUUACCAAUCAAUGGCUUGUUUCUGCUGCUCACUGUUUUGAAGAAUCUUAUGACAUGACUGUCCUUACUGGCUCAACGUACAGAAGUAAGGGGCAGCGGCACAUCAUCGAUAAAGCAAUCAUUCAUCGUAAUUACAAUAGGGUGACCAACGAUAAUGAUAUAUGUUUAAUCAAGUUGAAGAAGCCCAUGGUAUUUGAUAACAGACAAAAAUCUGUACCUUUGUCUACGACAAGAGCUAAAGUUGGACAACAGCUAGUUAUUUCUGGAUACGGGCUUGAGGGUGAAAGGAGACCAGUUUCACCAUUUCUAAAAAUUGCCGUGGUACCAGUUGUCGAUCACAGAGUCUGUGCAUUUAAGUACAUCCGUGAUCCCAUCACGGACAACAUGUUCUGCGCAGGUAUUGGGGAGACCGAUGCUUGCCUCGGUGACUCCGGUGGACCCGGGGUUAUCAACGGCGAGCUAGCUGGCGUCGUAUCAUCUGGUAUGGAAUGUGGCUCCAGAAUCUACCCCGGAGUUUAUACACGGAUCGACAAGUACUUCAACUGGAUUGUCAACUACACAGGGAAUAAAUUAGGGUUACAAGGCUAAGUUAUGCUUGGUUCUUAAAAUUUGAUUAUUUGUUACUGAUUUUCGUGAAUAUAGUUAAAAAUUCAGCCAAAAAUUUGCUUAUUUCUUAACUACAGAGUAUACUUAUAGUAGACUCUGAUUAAAAUUGAAUGCAAUAAAUAAUAAAACAUUAUAAUUACAACUGAGUAAGUCACAAUAGUUUUUUACAGUUUUGUAAUUUUAUAUGAUUUUUUCUUAUUUUGUGCUAAAGAUGCUCAAAAUAAAUAGACUUUAAAUUAGGAAUUUAUAAUACGUAAGAGCUAGAUCUAAUCUAAAAUACAGACUACUUUUUUGCGUCAGUGUGUUUAACAACUCGGUACUUUUAAUUCUUUUAAUCCUGUAACAGCAAUUUUUUGAACUUCAAGAAAAUAAAUAUUUUCCUUUCUCAGACAAACCUUUUUUUGUAUAAGACCUUACUAUUUGGCUUAUGAAUAACUAAAAGGUAGUUAAUGUAACACAGUAAUUUAAAAUUGUAGCA